GCAACGAUGGGAAGAAGUCUCCUGGAAGCCGCCACAUACGGUGAAUCACUGAGGCAACUGGCUCAUGCUAACCCGGACAUUCUGCUCUCAUCAAACCCACAAGGGAACACCUGCCUCCACAUCGCCUGCAUCCACGGCCACGAGAGGUUCUGCAGAGAAGCCAUCGAGCUGAACCCCACCCUCCUCGCCGCCGCAAACAGGGACGGCGAGACACCCCUGCUCAUCGCCGUGACCAGCGGCAAUGUUCGGUUAGCUGCUCUUCUGCUCAGCUGCUGCCAUGAGCGGCAGCAGAGCAGUGCCAUCUUGAAGCAAGACCGGCACGGGUGCAAUGCGCUGCACCACGCCAUCCGUAGCGGCCAAGGGGAUUUGGCACAGAAGCUAAUUCGGGCGGAGCCAGGCUUGUCCCGAGCUGUGAACACCAGCAACGAGUCGCCCAUGUUCAUCGCGGUGAGGAGGGAUUUGACUGGUGUCUUUGAGGAACUGAUGAGGAUUCCCGAUUCUGCUCACUGUGGAACCAGGGGUUACAAUGCUCUGCAUGCUGCCGUUUGUAAUGGCAAUGGAGGUAUCGUCCGAAGGAUAAUGGAGGCACGUCCUUGGUUGGCCAGAGAAGAGGAUUUGGCCCAGGUGACUCCAAUACAAGCGGCUGCCUAUGAGAACAAGAUUGACAUCCUAAGGUUAUUCUUGGAACAUGAUCGGUCUCUAGGGUAUCUGGUCCCCACAAGUGGUGAGCCGCUUCUUUGUACCGCAGCAUUUCUUGGCCAUGUUGGUGUUGCACGAGAGCUUCUCAACCAUUGUCCAGAUGCUCCAUUUCGCAAAUGGACAAACGGUUGGACAUGUCUUCACACGGCUGUAUUCUUUGGUCAUAUGGAGUUUGUAAAAUUUAUCCUAGGGUCAAAACACCUCCGGAAGCUUAUUAACAUGCGAGAUGAAAGUGGAGAAACAGCUCUGCAUUUCGCAGUCAGAAAGUGCAAUCCGAAGAUGGUCGCUGCUCUACUUCAUCACCAAGACAUAGAUAUCACAGUGAUUAGCAAAACAGGUCAAACUGCAACGUGGGUGUUGUUUAAUGCCGCCGACCACGCCAAGACAUUAAACUGGAAUGAAGUGUAUAUGCUUCUGCGAAAGGCUGAUCCCAAAAUUGUAACCUCCACUUAUAAUCUUCAUGGAGCUGUCAAGGAUGAAGUAACUAAUGCAUCAAGAAAGGAUGUGAAGAAACUGACUAAAAAGUAUACAAGCAAUACUUCUGUUGUGGCAAUACUCAUCGCCACGAUUACCUUCGCUGCAGCAUUCACCUUGCCUGGAGGAUAUAGUACUGACGCUGGCAACGAGGGCCAUCCCAUCAUGGCAAGGAAGCUUGCAUUUCAGGCAUUCUUGAUCUCUGACACCUUGGCAAUGUACUCCUCACUUGCUGUUGCCUUCGUAUGCAUCAUAGCAAGGUGGGAGGAUCUAGAGUUCUUGCUUUAUUACAGGUCUUUUACUAAGAAGCUUAUGUGGUUCGCAUAUAUGGCAACAACCACAGCAUUUGCAACUGGUUUAUACACAGUACUGGCACCUCGUCUCCUAUGGUUGGCUGUUGCAGUUUGCCUUCUGACGGUUUUAUUGCCCGUUCUUACUAUGCUGCUAGGAGAGUGGCCUAUCUGGAAACUACGAUUCCAGUUGCGUCAGAAUUUCAAGUCCGAACUCCUCAAUAUGGUCUAG